UGCUCUCCCCAUUGGGCCGCGCCCUCACGCCCCGCUCCUCCUCCCGUGCUCCACAGCACGCCGCGUUCAGUCGCCGCUCGUCUCUUCCCCGAGCGUGACGUCUCUGGCGCCCAUUGGGGGAAGCAGCGGCUCGCGCUUCCGGUGCGGUGCGGCGCGGCCGGGUGGGGGCAGCGGAGCGGGAGAGGCGCGAUCGUGUCUGGCAGCGGCGGGAUGGAGCGGCCCGAGCGGGCUGCGGCGGCGCCGGGCGCUCAGCCCCGUGCCAACGGCUGCAGCGGCGCGGCCCACGGAGGGCUCCGCAACGGCUACGUGCGCGGCCUGCCCGCAGCCGACACCCAGAUAGAUCACAUCGUGCACAAUGGAGGAUUAUACAAAAGACCUUUCAAUGAAGCUUUUGAAGAAACACCAAUGCUGGUUGCUGUGCUGACCUAUGUAGGCUACGGUGUUCUCACACUCUUCGGGUAUCUGCGAGAUUUCAUGCGGCAGUGGAAGAUUGAGAAGUGUCAAAAUGCAAUAGAAAGAGAAGAACAAAAGGACUUUGUCCCAUUGUAUCAGGACUUUGAAAAUUUCUAUACCAGAAACCUCUACAUGCGCAUUCGAGACACCUGGAACCGUCCAAUUUGCAGUGUGCCAGGGGCCAAAGUGGACGUGAUGGAGAGAGUUUCCCAUGACUAUAACUGGACAUUCACGUACACGGGGAGAGUGAUAAAAGGUGUUAUUAAUAUGGGUUCUUAUAACUACCUUGGAUUUGCACAGAACAAUGGGACUUGCCAGCAGGCAGCAGCUAAAGUUCUGUCCCAGUAUGGAGCUGGGGUGUGCAGCAGUAGGCAAGAGAUGGGGAACUUGGACAAACAUGAAGAGCUGGAAAAGCUGGUUGCCAGAUUUCUAGGUGUGGAAUCUGCAAUGGCAUAUGGCAUGGGAUUUGCAACCAACUCUAUGAACAUUCCAGCCUUAGUAGGCAAGGGCUGUCUAAUUUUGAGUGAUGAACUGAACCAUGCAUCUCUAGUACUUGGGGCAAGACUGUCAGGAGCAGCUAUUCGAAUCUUUAAGCACAACAAUAUGCGAAGCCUGGAGAAGCUGCUGAAAGAUGCUAUUGUGCAUGGACAACCUCGUACACGGAGGCCCUGGAAAAAAAUUCUUAUCUUGGUGGAAGGAAUAUACAGUAUGGAGGGAUCCAUAGUCCGUUUGCCUGAAGUGAUUGCCCUUAAGAAGAAGUAUAAAUCCUAUCUGUACCUUGAUGAGGCUCAUAGUAUAGGUGCACUGGGUCCUACUGGUCGGGGUGUAGUGGAGUAUUUUGGACUCAAUCCUGAAGAUGUGGAUGUUAUGAUGGGAACAUUUACCAAAAGCUUUGGAGCUGCUGGAGGAUACAUCGGGGGCAAGAAGGAGCUGAUUGAUUACCUCAGGACUCACUCUCACAGUGCUGUGUAUGCAACAUCACUAUCACCUCCUGUUGUGGAGCAAAUCAUCACCUCCAUGAAGUGCAUUAUGGGUGAAGAUGGUACAACUUUUGGGAGAGAGUGUGUGCAGCAGCUAGCAGAGAACACAAGGUAUUUCAGGAGACGACUGAAAGAGAUGGGCUUUAUCAUCUAUGGAAAUGAAGAUUCCCCUGUUGUGCCUCUGAUGCUGUACAUGCCAGCAAAAAUUGGUGCAUUUGGGCGUGAGAUGCUAAAGCGGAACAUUGGUGUUGUGGUUGUGGGCUUCCCUGCAACUCCCAUCAUCGAGUCCAGAGCCAGAUUCUGUUUGUCUGCAGCUCAUACCAAAGAGAUGCUUGAUACGGCUUUAAAAGAAAUCAAUGAAGUUGGGGACCUUUUGCAACUUAAAUAUUCCCGUCACCGUUUGGUACCUCUCUUGGACCGGCCAUUUGAUGAGACUACAUAUGAAGAAACAGAAGACUGAUCUCCCUCCAUAUGCCUUGGUGGGAGGGACAUACCCCCGUGGGACACUCUGUGGCAUGCAAGCCACAGUCUGUGAACAACACACUUCUGACUGCUUAGUGUAAAAGACAUUUCCUCUCAAUACUGAAGUGGCCACCAUCAACUCUAAAUGGCAUUUUGUAAAUAGAGAGAGGAGAAGGAGGAAAAAAAAAAAAGCUUUGAUUCAUGUGUCUUCAGGGUCUGGCCCUAGAGGUGCUUGGCUUUAUUUCUUCAUGUUGCUUUUUUUAUUUAUUUGUCUCAAUAAGUUCACAGCAAUCCACGUUGGCUGUGACUGAUGAGCUCAGUUUUUGUAUGCACCAAUAGCCUCCCAGAUGCUGGCUGAGAUGUUGUGAGCAUGUGUGAUGCUGGCAUGGCAGCAUUUCCAGUGUCACUGCUACAUGUCUGACCUUGUAGUAAGGGGUGAGCUGACCUGUCUGUUGAUUGGAGACUUCCUAGAGAAACUGUUAAUUGCUAACUUUGACAUAUUUAACAAGACUGAUAAUCAACCAAAGCUUUUUUCUUUUGCUGUUACUUGCUUAAAACUUGAAUAUAGCAUUUUUUAAAAUAAAUGUGUUGCUGACGCAUCACUGACAGGACCAUUGUUCCCAAACAUUAUUUAGUUUUACAAGUCUCAGGCAGUAAGACUUCUGGGACUCCAACUACUUUUCCUUCCCAGUAUGGAUACCAGAUUGUCUCCUGGGUUUGACAAUAAUUAUCCUCUUCAAAUAGGGUAAGUGGUGGAGAGAUUGUAUUGUUGUUAGUGAAUUUUAAAAUGGGGAUGAUUUCUCUUUUGUCUGACAUACUUCUGUGGCUUUUUGUUUUGUUUUGUUUUUUAAGCUGGUCUUAAUGUGUAUUGCUUUCUUGAUUUCUCAUCUUCACGUUUCUUUGUCUUUGCUUUAGAACUAAUAUGAAACCACAAACAAGCAUAUCUAGUAGCUGCUAGGUUCUGGAAAGAUGUUCUUGGAAUUAAGUAAGCUAUAGCAAGUGUUCUGCUGCUUGUUAAGUCUAGGACUUCUGAAUAAUCAGACUUACAUGAUGGAUUGGAACUACUUAUGUCAUACAGGUCUGUGAAAGAAUGAUUGCUACCUUCUGCCACACUAAUUCACUGUUUCUUGUCAUGUAUGGGAUUUUCUUGUUGUGCAAGGCUUUUAUGCAGAGAGUAUGAACAGCCUGGAUCUGUAUCAAAAUGCUUCAGCUAGCCAGCAAAGUCUCAGUUGGUAGCUGCAUAUCAUGUCUAUGUAGGCCUUCCCUGAAAAGCAAAUGUCUUCACAAUUGCGAUUAGUUUGAGAUGGUUAUUUUUUUGUAUUUCUGUUACUGUGACAUCAAAUCAGUGUUCACUGAGCCAAUUGCUGUUAAUCUUUUCUUUCCAAAUUCCACACUGUCCUACUCUGAUCAAAGUUUUGAAUAGCCUCCUUUGCUUUAGCACACCUAGGAGAUGGACUAUAUCAUAGUCAUUGUGUCUUGAGUUUUUUCAGUAAGCAAAAUGGAAUGCUUAAGUGAUACCAAAAAAUGUUACGACCAGGAUCAGUUGCAGGAUAGUUCUUGGUGUGUUUUGUUUUUUCCUUUUUACAUACUCCUUCCUCCUUCCAGGCAUACAGAUUAUCUGCAAAAAUACUAGUGCUUUAACAUUGCAUAAUUUGGGUUUGGGUUAGCAUGAUGUUCUUUGCAGAAGUUUUUAAACAAAUUCUUCAUCUUAAAGUUAAAGCAAACUGCAGUCCAAAGUAAUGUGGUGUUUAUAUAAGUUAUUUUAUGUUCCUUCUUGCAAGUAACAGGGAAAGAGCUCUUUGGUCCCUGGAACCAAGCAGUUCCACAAGUACAUAUUGUUGAUUAAAGCAGAAUUGGUUUCUCUUUUACAUAAAAUCUUCACAUCUUUGUAGAUCUUUUUAAUAUAGCUAAAAUUAGAAACACCGUUUUGACUUCUACCAUUGCGUUUCAUAAAUUUAAUUAGAUGAGAAUUAAAACUGCUAUCAGAAUAGGUUUGGGUUAACCAUUUCUGUUUCAGUCCCCUAAUGCUGAUUUGCUGGCCUUCUGGAGCAAGGUGUGUGCAACCCAAGAAGUCUGUAACCUGCAUGUGCAGCCUUGCUAGCUAUGAAGUAAUCUCAUUUGUUCAGCCACAGAGUAAACUGCAGUUACGUGAGCUUACUUUAACAUUCGACCUUCUUCACCUGCAUUCUGCCCAGGACAAGCUCUGACAUUCCAGCAGAUGACCUGCUUUCAGACUUGAAGCAGCUUUACCUCAAAGAAUUGUUCUUUUCCUUUCUUGUUUGUAGCAGGGAACAAGAGGAGGUUAGUGCAGGAAUCCCCAUUCCUGACUCCUCUCCUGAUACUGUUGACAAAAUGGAACAGCUUGAGCUGACAAAACCAGCUGACUCAGAGACAUAGGCUAUGGAUCAGUGGGGAGCUGUUGAGCCUUCUGAGAUGUACAGCAUGCUUGUAUCUGCAGUGUGGUCAGCCAAUUUGAACUUUGUGAUGCGUUAAGUUAGAGAUGGUAAUAGCAGACAGUAUAAGUCUCCAGUCUUAAUCUUGUUCCUGAAAUUCAGUUUUUAGGGCAACUUAUUUUUGGACAGGAGGAAAAUGGCUGAAUAAAUCUCAAUAAUCCAAAUAACUCCUAUGUAAUGGGUCUGGAACUGUCAGUGUUUUAAAGUUAUAAAUCACCAUGUUGGAAUUCCUGUUGUGCUUGUCCCAGUUGUACUUGUUUGAGGAGAUGGUGUUCAUGCUAAACUUCAGCCUUUAAGUAUUUUUCUUCUGUGUUACACUGUCUGCAUAGGACUUUGAAUUCCAGGUUUCAAAGACAUUUUGGGAAUCAUCCAGGCCAUUAGUAGCAUUUGCAAACUAACUACUUGGUCACAUUUCAUUGCCAUGUCCUUUUGGAAAAGCAACAGUUCCAACCUUAACAUCGCCAGAAGGCGGUUAUUUAGGGGAACCUGCUUUGCCGAACUCUGGUACCUCAUAAAAAUUCAUACUCCUGAAAAUGAAUAUUUCUAACAAUAGAGCAUUUUUGUGUAAACAAUUCACCGAGCUUGAAAGCCAGGAAAAUCAUUUCAUACCUGUUGAAACACUCUGCUCCCACAGGUGAAGGAGCAGACCACUGCUGGUUUGUGGUAGGUAAGCCUAUAGCAUGCACACUGUCACUGUGGUGUACAGGGAGGACUGCUGAUCUGAUGUUUAUGUACUGACGAGAAAUCCGUCUCCAUUCAUUUCUACUGUUAGGACAAAAGGAAAGAACCAAUCUUGAGAGAUCACAAAGAAAAGCUACUUGAGAAAUAGACUCCAGUCCCUGCCAACUUCUUUGAGACAUUCUAAUUGAAAAUGACUCUUGGUAUUUCUUAAGAGGGACAAAAUUCAAAGGAAAAUGAAAGCUACUUUUGAACAAAGGAUUUUGCCCUGUACUGUACAUUGUCUAAACUUAUUCAUAAAUAUACAGUAGUUACUUUCCCCAUGCCUCUCUAAAGAACUUAGCAAGAAAGAGUUUGCCUCUGCUGAGCUGGGUGAUAGAAGUUCAGAAGACUUUAGAAGCUGCUGAUCGUAUUCUUUUAAGAAAAUAGACACUCUUAUUUCCCAUCAGUGAAGAGUGUGAGAUCUGAUGCUUGUUAAAAUCUGGCCUUUGCAAAUCAGAGACCUUUGUCUUGAGGAGCCUGAUUUGUGUUUUUUCUAAUUUUUUUUUAGUUUUUUGGCAGAGUGGAAACAAAGUAGGGUGUUUUUUUUCUGUUUGUGUUUGUAACAAAAUAUUCAGGGCUGCUUUUUUUAAUUGCUUUUGGGUUUUUUUUACACAAGAUGUGAACUCAUGUAUAAUAUAUGUAUACGGUGUAUUUAACUUUCAGUUUCUGUGUUUUUUUCCUUUUGAAAUAGCAUCUUUAAAACUAUUUUGGUUCUUGGUUUGGUGGUGUAGUAUGCUUGUGCUUUAGGCAAAAUCUCAGGAGUGAACCAACCAAGCAUCUUAAGGUGAUGAAGUCAUUUAGUGAAGGAAUCACAUCAUCUGUCCUCUUUUGCUGUCUCUUUAAAAAAUGUAGAAGUGGAACCUGCUGCACCUUCAAAUAGAAUAGGAAAGGGGAGUGUUCCAGUGAAAUCAGUGAUCCAACCCUGUGCUGUGUGGAUGAAGGAAAUCUGAAUUCCUGAUACAGCAGGGGUGGAGAAGGGGGUAGUUGGUCAUCAGUAAUUCUCAGUGUGCAGGGAUUUUUCAUGAGUACUGGAACAAGGAUCCUUAAGGUAGGAAUGCAACUUCAGUGCCCCAGAGGGAUACUUCUCUAAAACUUUUCCAUGCCAAGUAAUCAAAUACUUUUCCUGCGCAAAUAUUUAUUUCUUUACCUUCAAAACAUCCUUUACUUAUACCUGUCUUCUCACCAGAAGCCAUAUGAUCUAUUCAGGCAGAUCAUAGGAGAGGUUAGAGAAAAGCUGUGAGCGUGAGCUAUGUGCUUCUUCUGAGACAACAUCUUGCAGCAUUGUAUUUGGAAUGCAUGAGCUCCCUCAAUUCAUCACAGAAUGGAACUUGUGCAGAUUUACUCUGCACUGAGUAAAUUGCUUAGUGAAAAUGGCUGCAGUUCAUAUGCAGCCUGUGAAAGCCAAGCUCGCUGGGAUCUGUGUGGCUUGCAGCUUGUUUGGAGCUCAGAGGUGGUGGUGUUCUUUUCUAAUGGUGGUGAAGCACUGAGCUAUCAGUGAAUGCCUCAUACUCAUCCCUCAGCAGGGGAAUUGCUGGCUUCAGAGCUGGUGUUGGACACCAGUUGGGAAAGCAUCAAAGUUUGUCUCUCAAAGUUUUAAGAGGAAGAAAACAAAACCCAGAGCCUCAUAUGUCACUGUGAUAGUUUGUGUUCCUGCAAGCAUUCCCUGUCUCACAAGUUGUCUGUUUAAGGGUUGGGUUGUGAAUUUAGAGCAUAGCUAUGUUUGUGUGAGUGCUGUGCUUUAUCUGUGACAGAGGAGAGGUGUUUGGUGCAGACACUGUUUACAUCCCCGGAAGGGGUGGGUGUAGGAGUUGAUGACUGUGUGUUGAAGGCCUUAAACUGUGACUCUUGGUAUGAAGAAGUAAAAUUAAAACUGACCUUGGAAGAUGCAGUGGAUUUUAACCCGUGUAAGAAUACUCUGUGCUCUUAGCUAAGCAAUAUGUGCUCCUGUUUCCUUGUGAGGGGAAAGGGCCAGCUCUGCUUUCUGAGCCCAGGCAGCAGCUGUUAAGGAGCAGGGAGGUGCAUAUUUAAGGCCAAAAACAGUGCAGCUCUGCACUGAUGUUCCUAUGUAGUAAACAUUGGUGACUGGCCCUGGGCCGCCGCGAGCAUGAGGAUAACUGAGAGGGUUGGGGAUGUCAGCAGCAGUGGCAGCUAGCAACGAUUGCAGCAGGAGGUGACGGGGUCUCACCUGAGUAUGUCACAGGUUGGUGUAAUUCCAGAAAUACCCUCGGUGAUGUAAAAUGUGCACCAGAGCAGCUGGUUUUUAUUUUUAUUUGCCAAAUCUCAUGCUGUCCAGACAGCGUUUCUGCUACCCCCUACCGGUAUACUGAGCUAACUACAGCCCCAGCCUUCCGCUGUCGGAACAGCGAGAGGUGAGCAGCACUGGAGCCUGAGGCUCUGGGCCAUCAGCCCGAAGCCAAUGGUGGCCCACGUUUCCACGAGCCCUGGGCAGCAUUACCGAGUCACGGCACUUAAUCCUGAAUUGCACUGUGUUCCUAUGCCUCUGUGUUGCUAUAAUGUACAUAUCUAUUGGAUUCUUUUGUAGAUAAGACAUUUUAGAUAAAAUUUUUAAAUGGGCUCCCCCCCAAAUAUUUUAUGCCAGAUGUCUAGUUUUUUUUACACUGGGGAUUAACAUGAGGUUGGAUGCUGUGUGGACAGGGAAAAGAUAAAUGGAUGGUACAUUGACUUUAAAAAGGUAACAAUGCAUGUUUUAAAAGGAAACUGGAGGGGAAAAAAAAAAAACUGCUUGGGAAAAAAAGAAUCCAUUCAACUAUAUUCUAUGUUCUGCAUAAUAAAGAGUUUAAAAAGAAAA